AUGCUUCGCUUGCGCCGCACACUCGUGCGCCGCCACGAGCACAUGACGGACCUCUUCCUCCCACGCUGCACACCCGUCCUGUGCUCCGCCUCCCGUCAGCUCUACGGACGUCCUUACGCCGAGCCAGCGAGCCACCGAAUUCGCAGACAGGCGGACUCCAACGGGGCGGGGUACCCGCCACCACCUCCCAACGGCGCACCGCAGCGUCCCCCAUCCUCGGGGACUUGGGGACCCAGAGGCGGCCGCGGGGGCGGUGGGUAUACAAAGACGUACCGCGGCAGUGGGCGCGCCGUCCACGAUCGCAGCCCCGCUGUGGCACUCGAUGACAACGGCGUUGCCCGGCAGGACGCACCGCUGUCGAGGUAUUCAGCCGGCUCGGUGCGUCGGGCAGACGCCGCAACCGCAGCAGCAGCUUCAGCAGAGACGUGCCGAUCCUUUUGGUCGCAGCGCGUGCGUCACGUCCCGGCGGGGGAUCUGAAGCGGCAGCACUUGAUGGAGAGCACACACGACAAGCACUCCCGCUUCCUCGUUCGCAGCCGCAUCCGCGACGACGGUGUGCUGUCGAACCUGUUUCCCGUCCGCUUUCACGACGACGCGGCCUUGAAGGCAAACGGUGAGAAGCACGACCCCUACGUGUACAUCUAUGAAAUGUACGUGACUCGGAUGGUGACGUCGCGGGCCCCGGCAGCAGCGCCAGGCGGUAGGCCGAGUGCCGCGUGGGGCAAAUACAGACAGACGCCUCCGUCUACUGCUGCGCAGCUGUCCAAGUCAAAUGAAAGAGGCGGGGCAGCAACGGCUGGCGCCGUCAUCGCAACGGACAGCGCAGCGCCUUCGAUGGAGCGUCGCGUCACGGCAGGGCGGUCGUGGCGGGCAAUUCAGCGGUACCUGCGCCACCGCUUUGCCGCCGCUGCCUCGACUCUUCUUCCGCCUCUGGUUCAACUCGACAACAAAAUAUACGCGGCGGCCCCGCUGCCAGCCGAUGCGCUGCAGCUCCCGAAAACGUACUUCGAUGUUGGCUGGAAGACGGCGGAGCUCCGCUUGGUGAGCCGCAGCCGAUACGCCGACCUCCCCGCCAGUGAACUGCAGAUGGUGAUGAAUAAAAUAGUGUUAGAGAUGGCGCGAGAGACGCAGCGGCAGCGGCAGCGCAUCCGCGAUGGGACAUCCACGACGGCCCCGCAUCGUCACGACGACGGCGACGUACAGGACGAUGAUGGGUUAGAGGUGAUGGAGGUGGUGCGGGAGAAGACCGGGAAGCUGGUGUGCACGACGCAGGGUGUGUCCUCUGGCGGCUUGCGUGUCUACCGUGGCAUCUACGUACAGGCCAUCUUUGUGGACCACACCGCGGCGCUGGCAUACGCAGAGGAUUCAAAUGACGACGAGAAGGGAGGUGGAAGCGGGAGCCACAGCGAUGCAGCUCCGCAAGGUGGUGAUGGCCGCACCAGCAGCAGUAAAGGCACGACGAGCACCACAGGCAGCGUACCGCCGCCGCCGACCACGCGCCAGCUGAAUGAGACCCCUGUUGGACUGACCGAUGCAGCAAAUCCCAUUCAAUUCCGUGUGGACGCCUUCCUCCGCGCGUUCACCUACCGCGGCACGCCAGUGGAGAGCUACCGCAUCAGCGACGCCUCGGGCAGCGUGCUGGCCUCCGUCUGGGCGCCACCGCAGCCUCAGUCCCUCCUCGUCGGUGGAGUGUACGCCGCCGCCCCGGUCCGCAUUCGCGAGUUCGCGGAGCGCGGUAACGCACGGCUGGUGGAGGUGCCCAGCGGGACGGUGCCGACGCUGCUGGCCGCCCCACCGCAGCCGGCACCGCUCCCUUCAGCUGCGCCUCCCCCCACAGCGACGUCGAGCAGAUCGAGGCAAGCGCCGCCAGAGCCGCCCUCCCGCCUGCCCGGGCACAUCAGUCUGCGCAUCGACACAAAGGGCACCAUCGCGUCGGAGACGUCGCUGUGGGGGGAGGUGCUGCAGCACUACGGUGCGGGCCCCUACGACGACGCGACGCAGCAACGCAUUCGCAAGGCGCUGGCGCACAUGCCGGUGGUGAUUUCCUACUCCCUGCGGCAGGGGAUCGUGCGGGAGGUGCGCUUUGAUGGCGCGGCGCUGUUGGCGGCUGCAUCGGCGUCCGAUCCGCUGCUGGGCAUGGCGCAGAAGUUUGCUGUACAGACGACCUCGGAGCUGCCGUCACCUUCUGCGGCGACCUCGUCGUGUGCUGCCGGUCUAUCAGAGUCGGAGACGCAGUCGCGGGGUCCGGUCAUGGGUGCUCGCGAGCCACGGCUGCUGCCCCUUCUUCCCUACCUCGACGCGCAGCAGCCUUGCGCGGUGCUGACCGAUUACACCGUGGUGCCGUUGCAGGUGCUCCACUGCUGCUUUGACCCGGCAAUGCGAAACUGGCAGGACAUCGGUGUGGCCGUUCUCUCCCUGAUGCCGAAUCAGCGCAUGGAGCUGCUGAGCUUCGUACGGAAACUGCUCUCGCGAGGGCUGCGUCGCUGGGGCAUUGAGGUGGCGCACCGACCGUGGCGCACCAGGUCGCUCUCGCUGCUGCCGGCCCCGAUGAAGCGGGUGGUGCCGAACCCCGCCGCACGCUCCGCGGCGUCGUUUCCGUCCACCGUGGCGGUGCUCGGCAUUGCGGGUCCGCGCUGCACUGCCGACCAGACGCAGCGGGUAUCGCUGACCGCGCAGCACAUGGCGCAGUACUUCCGCACGAACCUCGUCGCCUGCCUACCGGAUGAGAGCGCGGGGGUGCAGUACGUGCAUGAUCAGUUAAUGAUGCACACAUCAACACCGCAGCAGCAGCCGGGCGGGUCAGCAAGCCUGCGCGAUGUGAACUCCUGUGUCAUCCUCAUCACAACCGAACCAGACACCCGCGCGACGCGGUGGCUGAAGGUGGAGUGCAUGAGCCGCGGCAUUCAUCUCGUCGCCGUGCUACCAUCCUCGUCGCCCAAAAGGCUGAACUUAAUUUGCGGAAAUCUGCGCCGACGGAUCGCGACGCAGUUCGAGCUGGAUCCGUUGCGAGGGAUUGACCUGCGCGCGGAGGUGCCGGUGCUGGGCCGUCGACGGGUGCUGAUCGUCGGCGUGGACACGUGCCACACCAACACGCACAGCAUCGGCACCAUCGUCGGUAUUCUCGCCACACCGACCCGCAACCACCUUCUCUCACACUUCUGGCAGCACGAUGCUCGCGGUCGCGAGGCGUCGCACGUGGCGGUGCACUUUAAAAACAUGCUGACAAGGGUGCUGACGAAAUACGGCGGAGUCGAUGAGGUGGUGAUCUUCCAAGACGGGGACGUGUUCAGCGAGCUCACCGGAAUGAAGGAGGAGCUGGUGGCGCAGCUGCCCGAGUGUGGGCUGACGUUUAUGUGUCUGCACAAGCGGUGCAACAUCCGCUUCACCCACACUUCCUCCUCGUCGUCGACGGCGGAUGCCGCUGCACGGGAUGCGCAGCGUGACGGCGGCAACGCAUCGGUGGAAGCCAGCUUUCACAACGUGGUGAAGGGGGUGGUGAUCACCGCGUUGGCACCGAUCCCGCUGGAUUACGAGGCGGCGGCUCCCUCCUUCUACCUGCAAGCGCACGAGUCGGUCAUGUCGACGGCACGCGCCGUGCAGUACACCGUGCACCACGUCAGCCCCACGCUCGAUGUGGCAGAUGUGCAGCAAAUGGCGAACGUCAUGGCGAACGUGCUGGCGCCGCAGGCCACGAAGUUGCCGAUGUCAACGCGCUGUGCGCAUCGUCUGGCCGAUCGGGCAGAGCGUCUGCUGGACGCGGUGCCGCAGUUUACGGGGGAGAUGAUCCCACAGCCCCUCAGUGACCGCUUGUGGUUCUUGUAA